GAAAAUUGUGAUUCGUAUUGCAUUUUAUAGAACCAUUUACCAUUCAGCAAGACCCGGUCGAGGAAAAAAAGAGAAAAGAGAAGCAAGUGUUCACUCUGCCCAUUUGUUAAUCGCUGCGCUUAUCAUGCGUACCGGGUUAGUACGGCUGACACGAUCCGUUCCAAAGAUGCUGGACCUUUUGGUGGAGCAACUCAACUUUGGUGCCCGCCGUCCGAAGCUGGCCGUAACGUGUUCCGACAUUCCCAGCCGCUACAUCGAUACGCUCAGGCAAAAAUGUGAUGUGACCGUGUGCGAUGGAACAAACCGGUCCGAUAUACUGCGUGCCAUUUCCGGAGCGGAAGGGAUUCUAUGGCUUACGGCAGAUCGACUUGAUUCGGAAGCGCUGGAUGCGGCCGGUCAGCAGCUGAAGGUGGUGUCCACGAUGACGUCCGGGAUGGAUUAUGUAGCAGCGGAAGAGUUCACCAGGCGCGGUAUCGCUCUUGGCCACACACCGAAAGUUGUAAACGAUCCGGUAGCGGACAUUGCGAUCGGUUUAAUGUUGGCUGCGGCUAGACGGUUUCACGAAGGUCGAUUGAAGAUCGCAAGCGGACAGUGGGAAAUGCGACCGCAGUGGAUGCUGGGACAGGAUGUGCCCGGUUCGACGGUUGGUAUCGUUGGGUUUGGCGGUAUCGGGCAGACGAUUCUUAAGCGCUUGCAGGGAUUCGAUAUUGGCCGGUGCCUGUAUACGGGAAGGAACCGAAAACCGGAAUCGGAUGAAGCGGGUGCUUCCUAUGUGGAUCUGACCACUCUGCUUCGGGAAAGUGAUUUCGUAUUCAUUGCCUGUCCGCUUACGGGAGAAACGGCAAGGAUGUUUAAUCGUGAAACGUUUGCGCAAAUGAAACCAUCUAGUGUGUUGAUCAAUGUAGCCCGUGGCGGGAUCGUCGAUCAACCGGCGUUGGUAGAGGCGCUGAAGAACGGUAUGAUUUUUGCUGCCGGAUUGGAUGUAAUGACACCGGAACCGUUGGAUACGAACGACCCACUGCUAUCGCUACCGAACUGUGUGGUGGUUCCUCACUUGGGAACGGCUACCAAGCAAAGCCUGCUUGAUAUGUUUACCAUCACCGCAAACAACGUUCUUUCCGUUCUCGCAGGUGGGUCACUUGUAGCUCCGUUCCACAAAAAAUAAAAUGAAGGACUAUUUGUUAAU